CAUUCUAUUACUAAUUUUGUUUACAUUAAACCAACAAACAGAAUCUGAUCUCUCUCUCUCUACACCUCGCUCCUUCUCUACCCAAAGCAUUGGUGGAUCUUGUGAUGAUUGCCAUUCCCCUCCAUUGCUAAUCCGGUGAUGGGGGAUCCUCUAACACCCUCCGCCGGCUCAAUUCCUCCUCCACCACCCCCGCCGCCGCCGGUGACCCUUGUCCAGGCAUCCUCGUCGAGGAAGAAACACAAGCCGAAAGUGAUACGCGCGGUGCGCAACGCGUUCCGAUCGCUCCCCAUCAUAACCCCCGUGGUGAAGAUCCCCGGCGGCGGGAAAUCGGGGGGCGGGGCGCGCGUGACGGGCACGCUCUUCGGGUGCCGCAAAGGGCACGUGAGCCUGGCGGUGCAGGCGAACCCGAAGACGGUGCCGAUGCUGGUGGUGGAGCUGGGCAUGCAAACGCAGGCGCUGCAGAAGGAGUUGAGCCAAGGCAUGCUGCGGAUCGCGCUCGAGUGCGAGAAGCGGGACAAGGAAAAGAAGACCAAUCUCCUCCACGAGCCGCGCUGGACCAUGUACGCCAAUGGGAUCAACAACGGUUACGGCCUGAGAAGGGACGCCACGGAGGAGGAUCUCUACGUGAUGGAGUUGCUGAAGGGGAUGUCGAUGGGAGCGGGGGUGCUGCCGCCGCGGACGGAGGCAGAGGGCGGCGACGGAGAGAUGUCGUUCAUGCGGUGGCAGUUCGAUAGGGUGGUGGGAUCCAAGGAUUCCCAGACGCUCUACAUGUUGAGCCCCGAAGGUGUCGGAAAUAACGAACCCGACUUGAGUAUUUUCUUUAUUAGGUCAUGAAUUUUUUAUUUUAAUUAAUUUUGCUUCAUUCGGGGAAAUAUAAUACUCCUAGAUUCUUCUCUGUACCAUUAAUUUAGUUAAUUAUUUCCUUUUUAUAGGCUCAUGCAUGAAUAUGAUCAUGAUUUUAGUGAAGCAAGAGAUUGUUUUUCCACUACAGGAUGUACAGAUAAUUUCUUAUCAUCUUUGACAAUAAAGCUUUUAACAAAUUUUGACUGGAUUUA